AUGUGGCUCCAGAAGUGGCAUCCAGACUUCAAACCAGAAGAAGACUCCCCAAUUGUUCCAGUCUGGGUACUACUUCCUAAGCUCCCUUUUCAUUGUCAUGCUUGGCACUACGUGAGACAAAUAGUAGCACCUGUAGGAAUCCCACUUAACAUGGAUGCUGCUACUACUAGUAGAACUAGACCAGGAAUGGCCAAGAAACUGGAAUAUGAGAGUGUUCCAAAGUUUUGUACGUACUGUAAAAAACUAGGACAUUCCCUAGGUCAAUGCAGAUUUGCCAACAAGAAAAAAGAGAUUACUAAUGAGGAGAUUGAGCAGCAAACAGCAGACACAGUAGAGGCAAGUAAAGAAGAAGUCAUUGAGGAAAAUGACAAGGAAGAUGAAAGGGAGGCAAAAGGUCGGAUUGAAGAAAAAGCAGCUGAAGUGCAAGCAGCUAAAACCAAAGGAGAGAAAUACAGGGAGAAGAGAAAACAAAGGAGAAGGAGAAAUGCACUGAAAGUGAAGAGAAACAAGGGCAAUGGAAAUAACCAAAACAAGGAAAAGAAACAACUAGAGGAAAGGAAGGCUGAAACACAUAAAGAGGCCAAUUUGGAAAAACACCAGGACAGUAGCAAUAACAAUGAGAAUAAAGACAAGCAAUUUGGAACUGAGGAACAAAACGCACCCAUGGAGGAAGAAGAGAGUCAGAAAGGGGAAUAUGGGGAUGACAGGAACUCACAAAUCGAAGGAGUAAGUCCCACAAAAGACCAACAUGAGAAGACAAGGGAGAAUCAGAUGCAAAAAUCUGUGGUAGUGAUAACUACUAAUGAGAAUGAGGAGGGUAAUAGGCAAGAUAUAAGUGAGCCUACCAACCCUCCAAUCAAGACUCACAACAUUUUUCAAAGUAUAGCUAAUGACACUGGCCAACUGGAUGAUGAAAUCGAUCAAGGACAAGACACUGAAAAUACCAUAUCAGAAGAGAUGGUUCCAGGAGAAAAUCAUACUUUAAUUAUGCAGAAGGAGGUGAAUGAUACAAUUAUGUUUAGAGCCUCCACAGAGAAAUCAGUGACAGGCUCUAGUAAUCACAAUAAAGAGGAGGAUGAGGAAGAGCAAUUCAAAGAAGACAGGGCAGUAGAGCAAACGCAAGAAGACAGUUUUUCUGAGGAAGAAGUUGCUGAUAGCUUAAUAAAUGCCUAUGCUCAAGAACCUGCAAUUAUAACAGAGGUGGAGAAUCAGUUCAAAGAAGUCAUAGAAAAAGGAAAUCUAUCUCCUAAAGGAACUGAAUUCCUAAAGGGAAAGAAAAACAAAAAGCCAAGUUCCUCAACUCCUGCAGUGAUUACCAGAGACAGGGGUAGAGGAUCAAAGAAACAUCAAUGA